CAUAGCUUAGGUACAUCACAGCUCCAUACUCUUCCUACAGCACUCUCCCGCCCUAUCUACUUCAUCUAUCUUCUGAUUUUCUCUCAUUGUCAUAGUCACUAGACAUACUGCAAAAUGUCACGGAGAUAUGAUUCCAGGACAACCAUCUUCUCCCCCGAAGGUCGUCUUUAUCAAGUGGAGUAUGCGCUCGAAGCUAUUUCACAUGCUGGUACAGCUCUAGGAAUCUUGGCCAAGGAUGGAAUCGUCCUUGCUGCGGAGAAAAAGGUGACCAGCAAGCUGCUAGAGCAGGACACUUCUGCAGAGAAGCUCUACACACUGAACGACAACAUGAUCUGCGCAGUUGCCGGUAUGACUGCAGACGCCAAUAUUCUUAUCAACUAUGCCCGACAAGCCGCUCAACGCUACCUCCUCACGUACGGCGAAGAAAUUCCCUGCGAGCAACUUGUUCGUCGAUUGUGUGACCUGAAACAGGGAUACACUCAGCACGGUGGCCUCCGUCCCUUCGGUGUCUCGUUCAUCUACGCGGGUUAUGAUCCUCUGAGAGAAUUCCAACUGUACCAGAGCAACCCCAGCGGGAACUAUGGUGGUUGGAAGGCCACUAGUGUGGGAGCAAAUAACGCGAGCGCCCAAAGUUUGCUGAAGCAAGAUUAUAAGGAGGACUGCGACCUGAAGGAAGCGUGUGCUAUGGCCGUCAAGGUCUUAAGCAAGACAAUGGACUCGACAAAGCUGAGCAGUGAGAAGAUCGAAUUCGCAACGGUGGGAAAGACCAAGGAAGGGAAGAUCUACCACCAUCUGUGGAAUGCGGACGAGAUCAAUGCUUUACUGAAGGAACAUGGCCUGGCCAAGGUCGACGAUGAGCCCGAGGCUGGUGAUAUCAAAUAACUUAUGAGACAAUGCCCCCUUUCGGUAAUUUCGUCAUACAAUUAGGUUCUGAGAUUUCAAAUUCCCAGAAAUGACAUAUUUGAGCCUGGUAGCCAUUUUACAGAGGAUGUUGCAAAUGCCGGUGAAAGACCUUGAGAACACAUAGGAGUUGUCUCUGGCCCACGGUUGCAUUGAAAUUGCACUUACAUUGUUCGGUGGUGACGUGGCAAGCAACCUCCUGGG